GGCAGUGGCAUACACACAGGCACAUUUUCAGCCCACCCCCCCCGCACCCCAUUGCCUGUGGCCUCUCCGUGCAAAAAUCCCAACAUCAACCCGUACACAGUAUUAAAGAGGUGAGUUGGGCCAUAAUCGGUGAGAUCAGUGCAUCAUAUGGCAUCCCAAAUCUCAGUCUAAAAUCAUGGAAGUGCUUCCUUGUUCUGGUGUCCAAUAUGUUGGAGAAUCUGAUUGCUCUCAGCAGAGUUCAGGAACGGGUUUUACUUAUGGUGGUGAAUCUAACUGCCUUGAACAUGGAAAGCAUGUUCAAGCGGCUGAUGGUAGACAGGAUGACUUAUUGCUAAAUGUUGAAGGGGCCCAAAUAUCAAAACAAGGUGAAUUUCAAGGCACAUUUGAUGAAUUGCCUACUUCAGAAGGUCACUGUUGUGACGGUUCACAUUGUGAUUGUCAAUUGGAUUGUCAAAAUCUAUCUUGUGGUUCCCAUGAUUUUGAAGACUAUGAUGUAAAUGGAUCGAAUUAUCGAUUGGAACCUUGCACAGUCUCUGAGAACUCUCAUAUAGUUGUGCAUACUAUUGAAGGUGAAUUACCAAACAACAGGGAGGAGUCUGCUCUUUCAGAGCCCACUUGGUUAGAGGGUGAUGAAUCAGUGGCAUUGUGGGUCAAGUGGAGAGGGAAGUGGCAGGCAGGAAUCAGAUGUUCGAGAGCUGACUGGCCAUUGGCAACUUUAAAAGCAAAACCGACACAUGACCGAAAGAAAUAUUUUGUGGUAUUUUUUCCGCACACAAGGAAUUAUUCUUGGGCAGAUAUGCUUCUUGUCCGUUCUAUUAAGGAAUUUCCACAGCCUAUUGCAUAUAAGACACAUAAAAUAGGAUUAAAAAUGGUUAAAGAUUUAACUGUUGCUCGCCGGUUUAUCAUGCAAAAGCUAGCUGUUGGCAUGCUGAAUAUUGUCGACCAAUUUCAUGCUGAGGCCUUGAUAGAGACUGCUCGUGAUGUAAGUAUCUGGAAGGAGUUUGCUAUGGAGGCUUCCCGUUGUAGUGGUUACUCUGAACUUGGAAGAAUGCUUCUGAAGCUGCAGAAGAUGAUACUUCAGCAAUACAUGAAGUCAAACUGGCAACGUGAUUCUUUUCACUCUUGGGCACAAAGCUGUGAGAAUGCAAAUAGUGCUGAAUCCAUUGAAAUGCUGAAGGAGGAUUUGUUUGAUUCUAUUUUGUGGAAUGAAGUCAACUCUCUCUGGGAUUCACCAGUACAGCCCACAUUGGGUUCUGAGUGGAAAACCUGGAAGCAUGAAGUUAUGAAAUGGUUUUCGACAUCUCAUCCUGUAUUCAGUGCUGGAGACAUGCAGCAGCAGGCAAGUGAUGAUCUCUUGACCACUAGUCUCCAACUUAGCAGGAAGAGACCAAAGCUUGAAGUUCGUCGUGCAGAGCCACAUGCUUCCCAGGUGGAAACAUUUGGAUCUGAUCAAGCAGUAACUCUUGAGAUUGACUCUGCAUAUUUUAGCAGUCGAGACACUGUAAAUGCUACUACAUCGGCAUUGGAACCCUGUAAAGAGGAUGAUAUAAAGGAGGUAGCUGCUCCUACAGAUACACCUAGUCGUGUGGCUGAUAAAUGGGAUGGCAUCAUAGUUGAACCUGGAAAUUCUGAGUUGAUUCAAACCAAAGAUGUGGAAUUGACGCCUGUAAAUGAAGUGGCGGCUGCAAAAUCUUUAGAACCUGGAAGUAAAAACCGGCAAUGCAUAGCUUUUAUUGAAGCUAAGGGAAGGCAAUGUGUGAGGUGGGCCAAUGAUGGUGAUGUUUACUGUUGUGUGCAUUUGUCUUCUCGGUUCAUAGGCAGCUCUGCUAGAGCAGAAAGAACUCCUCCGGUUGGUACACCAAUGUGUGAAGGUACCACUGUUCUUGGUACCAGAUGUAAGCACCGGUCUCUAUUCGGCUCCUCGUUCUGUAAGAAACACAGGCCUCGAAAUGAGAUGAAAGGGACAUCAAAUUUUCCAGAGACGCAUAAGAGAAAGCAUGAGAACUUUCCCAGUUUAGAAACCACAGAAUGCAAAGAAUUAGUACAUGUGGGAGAAGUUGAAAGCCCCCUCCAAGUGGAUCCAGUCUCAGUCAUUGCAGUUGAUGCCUUCCAUGGAAGGAACAGUUUAACUGAACAGUCCGAGCAUCCUGGCAAGGAUUGCAAUGGAACAGAGGAGCUGCACUGCAUAAGCUACUAUCUGCAUGAUAAUCUCAAUCCAUGUCUGGAAAGCCCAAGGCGCCAUUCAUUAUACUGUGAGAAACACCUACCAAGCUGGCUUAAACGUGCAAGGAAUGGUAAGAAUAGAAUUAUAUCGAAAGAAGUGUUCAUAGAUCUUUUGAGGGACUGUUGCUCACAGGAGCAAAGGAUGCGAUUACACCAAGCAUGUGAACUAUUCUACAAGCUCUUUAAAAGUAUUUUAUCCCUGAGAAAUCCAGUGCCCAAGGAGGUUCAAUUUCAGUGGGCCAUAUCCGAAGCCUCCAAAGAUUUUAGUGUUGGAAAUUUCUUUACAAAGUUAGUUUGCAGCGAGAAAGAGAAACUCAGAAGGAUUUGGGGCUUCAGUACUGAUGAAGUCGCUCAAGUUUCCUCCUCUGCCAUGGGAGAAGAGUCACUGUUUCCAAUGGCAGUGGAUGAUAGUCACGGCGAUGAAACUACCAUUAAGUGCAAAAUUUGCUCGGAGGAGUUUCUUGAUGAUGAAGCACUUGGUGGCCACUGGAUGGACAUUCACAAAAAGGAAGCACAAUGGCUGUUCAGAGGUUAUGCUUGUGCCAUCUGCCUUGAUUCUUUUACUAACAAGAAAGUCCUGGAAACCCAUGUGCAAGAGAGACACCAUGUGCAAUUUGUGGAACAGUGCAUGCUUCUCCAGUGUAUUCCUUGUGGCAACCAUUUUGGGAACACUGAAGAUUUAUGGUUGCAUGUCCUUUCAGUUCAUCCUAUUGAUUUCAGGCUGUCAAAAGCUGGUCAGCCGCAUAAUUUAUCAGCUGGUGAGGAUUCUCCUCAGAAACUUGAGCUCUGCAAUACAGCUCAUGUGGAGAAUAAUUCUGAGAAUUCAGGUGGUUUCCGCAAGUUUAUUUGCAGGUUUUGUGGGUUGAAGUUUGAUUUGCUACCUGAUCUUGGCCGCCACCAUCAAGCUGCCCAUAUGGGACCAAGUUUGGUUAGCUCUCACCCCUCCAAGAAGGGAAUACGUUAUUAUGCUUAUAGGUUAAAAUCAGGUAGACUCAGCCGUCCUAGAUUGAAAAAAGGUCUGGCAGCAGCAUCAUAUAGGAUCAGGAACAGGGCCAAUGCUAGUAUGAAGAGGCGCAUCCAGGCAUCAAAGUCUCAUAGUACAGUAGGAGAAAGUUUACAGCCUCAUGUAACUGAGGCAGCUAGUCUUGGUAGAUUGACAGAAUCCCACUGCUCUGCAGUUGCGAAUAUUUUGUUUUCUGAAUCUCAGAAAGCAAAACCUCGGCCCAACAACCAUGAUAUUUUAUCUACCGCUCGUUCUGCUUGCUGCAAGGUCAGUCUUGUAGCAUCCCUGGAGGGGAAGUAUGGUGUAUUACCAGAACAUUUGUAUCUGAAGGCAGCCAAGCUCUGCAGUGAGCAUAACAUUCAAGUUGACUGGCACCAAGAGGGGUUUAUAUGUCCCAGAGGUUGUAAGGCGUUCAAGGACCCGUAUUUGCUGUCUCCACUGUUGCCUUUUCCCCUUAGGUCUGUGGGGUACAAGGCUGUGCAUCAAUCAGAUCCAGUGAACGAUGAGUGGGAGGUGGAUGAGUGCCACUAUAUCAUUGAUUCACGCCAUUUGGGACAGAAGUCCAUGCAAAAGGCAGCUGUCUUGUGUGAUGAUAUUAGCUUUGGGAAGGAACCAGUUUCAGUGGCCUGUGUUGCAGAUGAGGGUCUCUUGGAUUCUGUUCACAUCCUCAGAGAUAGCUCUGAUGGCGAAAAGUCUAUGCCUUGGGAGAGAUUUACCUAUGUUAUGAAGCCAUUCCUUGAUCAUUCCAUUGGUCCUGAUACAGAGAGCUUACAAUUGGGAUGUGCCUGCCCACAUUCCACAUGCUAUCCUGAAGCAUGUGAUCAUGUGUAUCUCUUUGACAAUGACUAUGAUGAGGCAAAAGACAUUUACGGGAAACCCAUGCGUGACAGGUUCCCAUAUGAUGAGAAAGGCCGAAUUAUCUUGGAGGAGGGUUACCUGGUUUAUGAAUGCAAUCAUAUGUGCAGUUGCAGUAGAAAGUGUCCAAAUAGGGUUUUGCAGAAUGGAGUACGAGUGAAGCUGGAGGUCUUCAAAACAGAGAAAAAGGGAUGGGGACUCAGGGCAGGUGAAGCUAUCCUGCGUGGCACAUUUGUAUGUGAGUACAUUGGGGAGAUCUUAGAUGAGCAGGAAGCAAACAAGAGGCGGCACAGGUAUGGGAAAGAAGGCUGCACCUAUCUGUAUGACGUUGGUGCUCAUUGCAAUGACAUGAGCAGAUUAAUUGAAGGACAGGUCCGAUAUGUGAUUGAUGCCACAAAUUAUGGAAAUGUUUCACGGUUUAUCAAUCACAGCUGCUUGCCAAAUCUUGUGAGUUACCAAGUUCUUGUGGAGAGCAUGGAUAGUCAGCAUGCACACAUUGGUCUUUAUGCAAGCCGAGAUAUAGCUUUGGGCGAAGAACUGACGUUUAACUAUCGGUAUGAACUGCUGCCUGGAGAAGGAUAUCCGUGUAACUGUGGAGCUUCCAAUUGCCGAGGACGCCUUUGUUAAAACUUCCAUCGGACCUACCGCUCUCUGCCUGACCAGUCUAGACAAUCCGUGCUUAUAAUUUUACUGCUGGAGAAUGGAGAAGCUGGGAUGGGAAGCAUCAAGCCAGUUUUCAAAUGGCCCAGUCCCCUACCAAUCUUUGUUAGGUUCCCUCUUAACUUCUGAUCCUGCACCCUUAGUGUCCAACUUUACCCUUUUGUAGAUAUUUACCUAGGCUAAUUUUUUGUCCAACUGGUCCUGCACUAUAUUCUAGAUAUCUUACUUUGAAGAAACGAGUAUGAAACCUCAUUUUGUUUUUCAUUCUUUUAGUGGAGUUUUUCCCCUUUUUCUCCAAUGCCAAAGUGGCUUGGGUUAGCGAAUUGUAGGUGGUGGUUUCAAUAUUCAACAGUUGUCUCAUGGGAAUGCAUAGAUGGUGAAAGUUCUUAAUUUUAAGUUA